AUGGAUACACACUCAACAGUCAGGACAGAUAGAGUGAACACAUGUCCUGUCGGUGACUGUAGGAUGAGUUUUAAGUCCGAGUAUGAGUUGAUUUCCCAUCGUUUGACACACGAUUCGCGUGUUGAGUGCGGGGCCGACGGCUGUAAUGAAAUUUUUCAUACGUUAUCUCAACGCCUGAGACAUCGGGUGUCGGUUCACAACCGACGGACGCAUAGCUAUCGCAGAGGAAAACAAUGGUUUGAAUGGAAGGGGAAAACAGAGACACAAGAAGUGAUGCAAACGAUGGGUGACAACGAAAGAGUAAAUGAGGACAUGUUUGACAACUUGUAUGACAGCAAUGGUCUGGAGUUGAGGAUAGAUAUCAAAGAAGAACCCGAAAUAUAUUUUGUUGAAACGAUUAAUACAGAUAUGAGUUCGACGAGUAAUGAAAUGCAAACACAAGUGAACAGCACUUCAAAGUCAUCGACGUCUCAAUCAUCACAAGAGAUGGUAAACAAAGACAUGAGUGGGAAGAGUAGUAAAGACUCGAUGGAAAUGAAAUCAAAUGAAUCGAUGACUGAAUUCUUGCAGCAAAAUAAGUCCGAAAGAGAGAAAUGCUUUAAUUUGACGACAAAUACAUUCAUUUGUCCCAUAAAUGAUUGCCACAAGAGUUAUGAAACGGACAGUCAAUUUGCCACCCAUUUGUGUAACGUUCAUACCUCAAGACAUCACGUGUGCACUCAUGAGGGCUGUGGUAAAGCCUAUAAAACAAAAUCCCACUUAAAUGUACAUCAAUUGACACAUUAUUCAAGCAAAUCAUAUGAUUGUCCACACAAUGGCUGUCAAUACAAAGCCAUGAAUAAUCACUAUUUGAAAAUACAUCUCUCGUCGCACUCAGUGUUGGCCAAACGAAACAGACAUCUAUUGGAGGCUCACAGCCGGCCAUUGAUUAAUGGCUUAGAAGACAAACACCAAUUCCGGUGCCGACGGGUAGACUGUGGUCAAGAGUUUACCACUAAUGAAAUGCUCGCACAACACAUGAAUGUUCACAAUUGUGUGGAUCAGACAACCGACUCCAUUGGUUCCCAACCCGAGAAUAAGCCGAAGACAGGACAACCAGGGACAAUUACGUGUGUCGUUUGCUCGGAGACAAAUGGACAUCGGGAGCGGAUCCGCGGCCACAAAACCGUACCCUUUGGUGACAGCAAUGGACUGGCGUUGAGAUCAAUGCGGAGAUUGAGUGAUAAUUGUCUGGAAAGCGAUGAAUGCAUACAUGAUUUUAUAUAUUUGGAACAACACGUGAGAACACACUCGACGGACAGACGGUUUCGAUGCGAUGUCGGCGGCUGUGAGAAGACAUUUAGAGCGGUCUAUGAACUGACUCAACACCGGCGGACACACAGCGCUCAGCCGACGUAUAAGUGCGGCGCCGACGGCUGUAAUGACAUGUUUUACUCUCCGUCUAUACGACUGAAACAUCAGGUUUUGGUUCACAACCGGCGGCCGUAUGUCCAGCGCCGGCGGCCGGGUGUCAAACACCGGUGCGAAUGGCCCGGAUGUGAUUACGAGGGACCCAAUGGAUCGCUACGUAAACACACACUCGUGCAUACGGGUGAGCGGCCGCACGGCUGCCAUUGGCCCGAUUGUGGCAAACGGUUUACGCUUUCGCACCAAUUGAAUGAACACAUGAAUAUUCACCUGAAUGUCAAA